AUGACGGAGAUGUUUAACCGCACACUACUCUCCAUGCUGGGAACUCUGGAGCCAACCAAGAAGGUGGACUGGGCCAUGUACGUGGAGUCCAUGACACACGCUUAUAACAGCACAAGACAUGAUUCAACUGGCUACUCCCCUUUUCAUCUCAUGUUCCUGCGAGGUCCGAGGUUGCCAGCUGACCUCAUCAUUGAACCAGUAGAGUCCCCAGACACAGCUCAAGCAGAUGGAUCUCACCAUGGAUACGUACAGCGACUGAAGAGGCACAUGCUGGAGGCCUACCAACAGGUCAACACUGCGGCAACAAAGGCACGCAUGAAGCAGAAGGUCAAUUACGACAAGAAAGUUAGAGAAGCUCCAGUGCAGCUGGGCAGCAAAUUGCUAGUCGCCAACAAGACGCCACGUGGAAAGGGGAAGCUACGAGACAACUGGGAGGAAAUCCCUUACGUGGUUAUACGGAAGCUCCAAGGGUUCCCGGUGUACACAGUCCGUCAGAUGGGCUCUAGGAAGACGCGCACACUUCAUCGUGACAUAAUCACAGCGUGCCCAUUCGAUGUGCCUGAAGAAGAAUCCAAGUCUACACGGCCAGAGGAAAUUGCAGAAGCAGCCCCCACACUGAGUCACUCCAAGUCAGAGGGUCUUCCUGGGGACUGCAAUCCAAACACCAAGGUGUCGACUGAAGAUGAGCCUCUGCAGUCUGGGACGGAAAGCAGCGCAACCCGCCAGUCUGUGCCCGAUACCGCAAGUGAAUAUGAAGCAAGUGAUGAAUCUGACAGCUCAAGUACUGAUGACGAACCGCCUCCAGCAGCGUAUAAUCUUAGGAGAAAUAUCAAAUUCCCCAAUAGACUAGGAAACUGGUGCCGAGAAGUGGCUUAUAGUGACUGUUUAGCAUUGUUGAGGACAACAAUGGAUUUAACCAGUGGUGAGUGUAAGGAGGAGAAAUUCAUUAGUUAG